CCGCGCCCGGAGAAGAUGCUGGCGGCGGCGCUGCCGCGGGCCCUGUGCCGCUUGGCCCGGCGCUGCCCCGCGGGGCUCGCGCGGCCCCGGCCCGCCUGGCACGGCGGGUCCCGGCAGGAGCGGGGCGGCAGCGGGACAGGGUCCGCCGGGCGGCGGUGGGCUCGGCCGGGCGGGGGUGCGCUGGGUUUCCUCGGAGCCCUCUCCCUCUCUCCCAGGGACGACGAGGAGGACGGCGAGGAUGCCAUUAUCCUCCUGCUGAAGAAAGCCAAGCUCAGCGUCAUGAAGGGCGAACUGGGGGAGGCCGAGCGGCUGCUGCACCGAGCGCUGCGCCUGGCGCACCAGGCCGACAACAGGAGGGCCAUCAUCUACACCUACAGCAUGAUGGCAAACGUGGCCUUCAUGCAGGGACAGCUGGACAACGCAGAAAAGCUCUACAAAGCAACGAUGAGCUAUUUGCUUGCAGGAGACACAAAGGAGGAUGAUAAUGCAAUCCUUGAGAUGUCCCUCAAGCUGGCCAGUAUCUAUGCUGCUCAGAAACAGCACAAACUAGCCCUGGCUGGCUAUGAGUUCUGCAUCCUGACCUUAGAGGAGAAGAUUGCCAAGGAAAAGGACUUGCCUGAGGAUGUCUUGCCAGCUGAAGAAAAAGCCAACACUCGUCUCUUGCUGGGCAUGAGCCUAGACUCCUAUGCUCGCUAUCUCCUAGGUAUUAACCAGCUCCCAGUGGCCCAAAAAAUGUAUGAGAAGGCUCUGCAGAUAUCAAAUGAUGUUCAGGGAGAGACUCAUCCACAGACUGUGGUCCUCAUGAAUGACUUAGCAACUGUGCUGGAUGCUCAAGGGCACUAUGAUGAGGCGUACUCUCAUGUGAAGAGGGCAGCUGAACUGGCAAAGGUGACACAGCAUCCUGAGGAGCACAUGGUGCUGAAUAACCUGGCAGCAAUUCUGAUGCACAAAAAAGACUUUCUGCAAGCAAAACAAGUGUAUAAAGAAGCUCUGAAACAGGCAGAACAGAAGGGAGAUGCUGAUUCUGUCCGGCACAUCCAGGAAGAAUUAGCUGAACUGGCCAAGAGGAGAAAAGGCUCCAAGUGAGUUUGGCCAAAGAGUCCAACCAUCAAGUGGCUGACAGCAGCAUGGGUCUGUGAAUACAAGCAGCCUGGGACUAGUUUGGUACAAUUCUCCAGAGGAGCAGCAACUAGGAACUUAAGGGCAGCUUAAUAAGAGGGGCUGUUAUUGCCUAACUGUUAAGCCCAAAAUAAAGUUCUGAAAUCUUAACCAUA